GUUAUCAUUCCUAGCCAAGGAGGAAAUAAGACACUUGUUCUACGGACGAGCCGGAUAAUCGAGAUUACAAGAAAAUUCAUUUUCUCUUUAUGAAGGAAAUGAACACCUACUUACCUUCGUUACUUUUCGACGCUUGUCAAAAAGUGUGAUCCGUAUUCUGUCAGCUUGGAAGGACAGCUGUUGUAUUGUGCUGGCUAUGACAAGCCCCACUCCAAAGCUGAAUAACAAUGAAACCAACGUUGAGGAGAAAUUCGACCGGGAAACAAUUCUCAUUUCCAUCACAUUUCUCAUUAUUAUCAUCUUAUUGGCGCUGUUUGGAAAUAUUCUGGUCGUUAUUGCCUUUCGUGUGUUUCAAAACCUUCGCAAUAUGACCAAUUAUUUCAUCGUGUCACUUGCUGUGGCAGACAUUUUGGUGGCAGGGAUUUCGAUGCCCGUCUGGGGCGCGUACAUCAUCACAGGACCAGAAUGGAAGUUUGAUAUAUGGGUUGAACAGGUUUGGAGCUGUGUCGACAUACUUUGUGGUGUUGCAUCAAUUCUCCAUCUUUGUUUCAUAAGCUUGGAACGUUAUGUAUGCAUUACCUCACCACUCACUUACCACGACAGAAUGACAACCCGCAAGGCUGUCAUUGCCAUUUUUGGUAUAUGGUCGUUUUCCAUCUUCAUGGCGGUAUUAAAAAUCAUCCUUUGGUCCGUUCCCCCACCUUCCUAUGAAAUUGCCGUCAGUGUUUCUUGUUUCUUUAUUCCUCUGGUCAUUAUGCUCAUAUGUUACAUGCAAAUCUACAGAGCCGCGCAUCAUCAGAUCAAAAAGAUAAUUCUAACAGUCCAUGGCAGCCCAAAGAGAUUUCUUCUCUCCAAAGAACUCAAAGCGGCCAAAACAGUUGGAGCAGUUAUUGGCGCUUUCAUCAUUUGUUGGGGCCCAUUCUUCGUCUUAAACCUCGUGUAUGCUUUGUGCAAAAGCUGCUCACCAAUCCCUGAAGAGGCGGUUCUGGCAGCUAAGUGGUUGCAUUAUGUCAACAGCGUGUUAAACCCAAUCAUCUAUGCCUGUAUGAACAAGGAUUUCCGUUCAGCUUUUAAGAAAAUCCUUGCGUUUUCUUGUUUCUAUAUUGUCCCGGGUAUUCGGAGACAGGAAAUGGUCUGGGAGAGAUCGAUUUAUAGCGAGCGGACCUCGCUUAGAUCAACCAGAGGAAGCUCAUUGCGAGGGAAAAGUUCCUUGAAAGACAACAGCUCUCUGCGAUCUUGCACAUCUCAUGUCGAGAUGAAUGGUUAUCAUUCAUGUGACAAACCCUAUUUCGUUUAAUUUUUGACCCUACCUAAAUGCAGAUAAGCCAGAGAAAAACGAAGGAGCUCUUAACGCAUAGAGCGCUUUCCGGCCUACGAGCGCAUUUUCCAAGCUGCUGGAGGGGGGAAACGAACAAGAGCGACAGC